AUGCUGCCUUCAUGCUUCAAGUCCACCGACCGCCUCUUUGACGACGGCUGCCUCGCAGGCAUCCCCAUUGGAGAUGUGCGGUCACCAGGCCGCAUGGUCUUGGGGCGCAGCACGGGUAGCCCGCAAAGCAACCCGCCGGAUCUGAAUUUGGGCAUAAGCCCGAGCAUGCAGAGCACGCCGGAGGUCUUGGGUGCCAGGGGUGUGGCCAAGAGCCCCUACACUUGGAUGGCCAAGACAGAUCGUGCAGACUUCGGCCCCCUUUACGCACAUGGCGCGGUGAUGAACUUCGAAGAACACAUGUUUGUGAUCGGAGGAGAAAAAGGUGGGCCCACUGGAGGAUCCUUUUCCAACGAAGUCUGGAAAAGUACCAAUAAGGGCCGAACCUGGGAGAAGCUACCUCAGCGAGAAGGUCGCUUCAGCGCGAGGCGCGGUCACGCCGCAAUGGUGGACCAUCAAGGCGUCAUCUUUUUUGUGUUGGGAGGCUUUGCAGGGCACGCACAGCUGGAGAAUGAUUGUUGGAGCUCAGAAGACGGUUCCGUCUGGCACUCUCUCGGCAAGGCUGCGUGGUCCGGCCGCCACGGGCACGCAGCUGUGAUGACUUCACAGAGCUGGAUCGUGGUCCUCGGCGGACAUGAUGGUUCGAGCUACCUGUCCGACGUGUGGCGAAUCCACCACCCGUCGCAGCCCGGCAUAACCAGCCACUUAAGAGCGGUGUGGAACCAGGUGCCGGCGAAGAAAACAUGGUGGACUGCCCGUUACGGGCACGCAGCCUUAGUGGAUACCAAGGAUGUCAUUUACUUGCUUGGUGGUUUCUAUGCGGAGAAGGAGACCGGUCAUGUUCAGUGCUUCAACGAUGUCUGGAAGUCGACUGACCUUGGUGACAACUGGCUUCUUGUCACAGAGUAUGCCAGUUGGUCUGGGCGCUACCAGCAUGCGGCAACCAUGACCAGCGCUGGCAGCAUGUUCAUCAUUGGCGGGUUGUCGAUUGACUUAGACCGCUUGGCGGAUGUCUGGCGGUCGGAAGAUGCAGGAGCCUCGUGGACGGUGGUUACGCCUGUGGCGAGCUGGCCAGCGAGGUACGAGCACACGGCUCUGGUCGAUCACCGUGACACCAUGUACGUCCUUGGUGGCAUCGCAGAGGGCGAUUCGGCAUUUGCAGAUGUGUGGUAUUCAGAACGGACAUGUAAGGACAACAUUCGCUGCAGCAAUUUGACGGAGUGCCGCGAUGGUACCCAGAAGAAUUUUGAAGGGGCGACGAAUCCAGUCUGCGUCGAGAUCUGCGAUCGGCGAAUCUACGACAAAUGUGGCCCCAAGGAGGACUGCCGGGUGAAGCAUGGCAAGCAGACGUGUGUCGACCCUUGCAACGACAAGGACUGCGACAAAGAUCAGGUUUGCGAAGUCGCACCACGCGACGAAGUAUUCCCGCGAACGGGCGAGAUGCUCCAGAGUGCCACCGCCUACUGUCUUUCCUGCGACGAUGCAAAGACCAAAGCGUCUUGUGGUCGCCUGCGUCAGUGCCACUGGAGCACAGGGGACGAGGCCUGUCAGAUGAGGUGCUCCGUUAUGGACCAGGAGAGGCUUCUCCAGCCACGGCUGCAACUUUGCUCUCUUCUCUGCGCCCUUGCUGCGGCGAUCAUUAGCCUUUGGUCCCUCCGCGACCCAGACGCAUGUGUCAGCUUCACGCAAGAACAGGCAGAUGCACCAAAGAAGUGCAAGGCCUUGGAGGACUACGCAGACACCAGCACUCAUUUGCUGGGCUUCUGUUACCUGAACUGCGGCGACACAGAGGUUGUCAUCUAUGCAUGCUCCAUGGUAUUUGGCUUGCUGCUGCAGUCGUUGACCGUGUUACCCUCGCAUUGCAGCUGCGGUGAUCAGUUCCUGCGCGUCACCUGGCGUGUAGACUUCACCGGUGAUUUGGCAAUGCUCGAAGAAGAUCUGGUGCACAAGAGCAGCGGCUCUUGGAUUUGGCGCCGAGUCCAAGCUUGGACAGGAUCGCAGCAGAGCAGCUUGUUCGACUGGCUUGAAGGCCUCCUUCAGAAGCAAGAGAAGAUGCUCCCGCUCCACAUGAAGGUGAUCCAUCAG